AUGUAUGACCAGCACAUAGGUAGGACUGAGGCUGGCAAUAGCAGUGGCUUGAAGAUUGUGCCUAGAGAUGACGCCUGCACCCACCACCACCGCAACAAAGCCAACUUGGUAGGCAAGCCGCAUCAGAUCACCCACGAAACACCUGUCUUUGACUCGGACAAACAACAACCUGCCAAGACCAACUCGUGGGUUUGGUGGCCUUCUUGGGUCGAGCUCAAGAGUCACUAUUUCCAUGAGCUUGGUUUCAUCGCUAGUCUGAGCCAGUUUCUUGGUGCCACCGUUUUCUGGAUAAGUGGAUUUACAGCUCUUCCAGGUAUUCUCAAUGUUCUCUCGCCUGGCUUGAGCGACGGAAUCUACUGGACGCCACAAGUCGUCGGUGGUAGUGGCUUCAUUGUGUCGGGGUGGUUGUUCAUGAUUGAGACCCAGAAGCAUUGGUGGCAGCCUGCUCCAAAAGUCUUGGGAUGGCAUAUUGGUCUCUGGAAUUUUAUAGGUGGCAUCGNNGGUAAGGGCUUUCCGGUUCUUGUUCUGGCUCGCGCUGACUGUUACAGUUUCACGCUGUGUCCCGCUUUUGGUUACGACCCUAGUAGCUGGGCGCAAUACCAGGCAUCAUGUUCGACCUUCUGGGGAUCCUGGGCAUUCUUGAUCGGCAGUGUGAUUCAGCUGUACGAAUCUCUUGAAAAGACGUCUGUUAGAAAGGCAGGCUCCGCAUGA